UCGUUCCCAUGGUUACCAUCGGAAGCUCUUUGCAGUGGCGCCAAAUGUCCGGUUGGGGGCGAAGCCUCGUAAGAUUUCUACAAGCGUCUGAAGCGUGAAACCAGUGAAAGCAUCACUCAGGUAGUAAAAGGGGGCAGAUCGUAGGAGCAGAUACGAGCGACUGUGGGGCUGCUUAGCUCGCACACCCUCGGGUUUUUCAGCGCCUUCCUAACCUCUGCUCCUCCUGGAGAUCAUGGUGGCUAAAAACAGAAAACAGACCGGAAAGAGUCCAGCGACCCAGACUGACCGCGACAAGAGUCCGCUUGUUUCUGCCCCUUGCAAAAGUAACGUUAGGCGACCAGGCAGGGAAGGCAAAGCUUUCAACAGCUCUCAUCCAAAUGGACUCUCGGGUAUCAGAAACAAGCUUGGGCUAACUCCGUCUGCAGCCGUGAAGCUGGGAAUCACUCUGCUCCUCGCUGCUCUGACUGGCUAUCUCCACUGGCACCAUCUCUCACAGCUGUUUGAGAAUGACAGACACUUCUCACACUUGUCAAACCUGGAGAAGGAAAUGGCUUUUCGGACAGAAAUGGGUCUGUACUAUUCCUACUACAAGACCAUCAUUGAGGCUCCCUCUUUCCUGGAUGGCCUCCACAUGAUCAUGAAUGAUCGGCUGACAGAGUACCCCCUGGUCAUUAACACACUGAAGAGAUUCAAUCUCUACCCAGAGGUGGUCCUCGCCAGCUGGUACCGGAUGUACACAGGUGUAAUGGGCUUCUUUGGGAUUCCCACAAAGAUGUGUUGGUCUAUCAACAGAGGAGAGGGACUCACGCCUGUGGACAGCUGUGAAGGAAUGGGCGACCCGGCAUAUUUCUACGUGACCUGUGUGUUCCUGCUGAACGGCGCCAUGAUGAGCCUGUUCUUCAUUUAUGGUGCCUACCUCAGUGGCAGUCGGCUGGGAGGCGUCGUUACCACGAUGUGCUUUUUCUUCAACCACGGCGAGAGCACUCGGGUGAUGUGGACUCCACCCCUGAGGGAGAGCUUUGCCUACCCCUUCUUAGUCCUGCAGAUGCUCCUUCUCACCUACAUCCUGCGAACACGGAAGGCGAGCCGGACAGCCAUGGUCGCCCUGGGCGUCUCCAAUUUGUGCUUCAUGCUCCCUUGGCAGUUCGCCCAGUUUGUGCUGCUCACACAGGUGGCUUCUCUGUUUGCCUCUUACAUCCUGGGUUACCUCGGCGCCGCCAAGAUGCAGUCCAUCCUGGUCACUCACAUGAUUACUCUCGGCGUCUGCUUUGUCCUGAUGUUUGGAAACUCCAUGCUGCUCACGUCCUUCUAUGCCUCCUCACUCAUCUCCAUCUGGGCAAUCAUUGCAUUGAGGGAUCGAUUUGCUCAAAUCUUCAAACCUGGCAUCGUCACAUGGGUCAUGCAGGGCUUGGCUUGGGUCGGCUCCACGGUGCUCCUCAAAUUCAUGCUGUCCACGGUCCUCUGUGCCUCAGAUGAUGCUCACAUCAGUGGUCUAAUCAAGUCCAAGUUCACGAGCUACAAAGACUUUCACACUCUGAUGUACACGUGUGCUGCUGAAUUUGACUUCAUUGAGUUAGAGACUCCUGUACGCUACCUUAAAACACUGCUGCUGCCCAUCAACCUGCUGGUGGUCGCUCUCAUCGCUGGGAGGACUGUCCAGGAUAUAGUCCGGUUCCUGAGGGAGGGCAGGAAGACUGACGAUGCUGAUGAAGCUGCAGGGUGUGAAGGAGUCGGUAGAGGAGAGUUGGUGUACCACAGUCUGCAGCUGGUUGCCUUUGCUGUCCUGGCCAUCCUCAUCAUGCGUCUGAAGCUCUUCCUCACGCCCCACAUGUGCAUCAUGGCGUCGCUCAUCUGCUCCAAACAGUUGUUUGGCUGGAUUGGGGAGAAGUUCAAACACCAGGCUGUGGUGUUUGCAGUCCUGGCCCUCAUGGCCGUGCAGGGCGUGGCCAACCUGCAGGCUCAGUGGGCGAUCAUUGGAGAGUUCAGCAACCUGCCGCAGGAGGAGCUGCUGGAGUGGAUCCAGGAAAACACGCGGCCUGACUCUGUGUUUGCUGGGGCCAUGCCCACCAUGGCCAGCGUGAAGCUUUCCACGGGGCGGCCCAUCGUCAACCACCCCCACUACGAAGACGCUGGUCUGAGGGAGAGAACCAAGCUGGUUUACUCCAUGUACAGCCGCAUGUCUGGAGAAACAGUGAAAAGGAACCUGAUGAAGCUGGGAGUCGAUUUCUUCGUCCUGGAGGAUUCUUGGUGCACCAGGAGAACAAGGCCCGGGUGCAGUAUGCCAGAGAUCUGGGACAUCGAAGAUCCCCAAAAUGUUGGUAAAACUCCCCUCUGCACCCACAUGUCCAAGAACUCACGUCCCCACUUCACCACAGUCUUUUCAAAUGACAUUUACAAAGUUCUCAAAGUCCCCAAAGCUGCCAAAGAUCUGAGAUAACAUCGACAGACCGACUUGUUGUUCUUCCCACCACUUCUUUUUCCUAUGUUUUGUUCCUGCUCUGCCGUUGCUGCUGUUUACUCCCUUGAAUCCAUGCAGUUCCUGCAGUGCUCUGAGAGGUGGAUAACUAACGGUUUGGACACGUUGCCAUGAGGCUCUGCGCUCAUGGAGCUUCUCGCGGUUCUCCCUGUUGUCCACUCUUUGCCAAUCAUCCUUGUUACUGCAUCGUCGGCAUCCAGCGACGUUCCUGUUACGCUCCAGUUGGUGCUCGAGUGAAAGCUAAAACGUGUCGCAGCUCUUCGUUUGGUUCUGUUACAUUGAAUCAUUAUAUUAAGGAACUUUGUCCUCAGUGAGAUGCUGUCCAUACAUCAGUAUUGUUUUUUUACUGCGUGGUUUUCAUUUUCUUGCGCUGAAGAAGUAAAUUUUGUCUGGAGGGACCAAUCGAUGAUGUCCACUUACUGUGAAGCAAUACCCUUUGCAAACUUGACAAAAGCCGACUUCUUCUGUGGUUAUGCACAGUGUUGAUCUCUGAAGACGUGCUUCACCAGUAUACAGUUUUUCUAAUUUAUUUGCGUGCGAGUAUGCAGGGUGUUCUUUGUUUUCUUUCGAAGCAAACGGUGAAAAUUCUGAUCUUGUGUUUGGAAGCUGUUAAAAACCUUUGUAGUACAUAUCAUUCAGCCUUUAUUAGAUGGAAAGAAGGUUUUUAACGAAGUUUCACACAGUAGAAGAGCUUUUGAUUCCAAUUCAGUUAUAAACUGGCAGAAAGAGAAGGCAAAGCAUAGUCAAUGAGACAAGCAGAUUUCCCCUGACUGUGUCCCGUUUUUGAAAAAACCCACACACUUGUUUUGUAAAAUACCACUGUACAGCCUUUAAUGGUACUUAUUGUUUCUUGAAUGAUUGUUUAUUGCCAAAGUAUGUCUUGUUCUUAAAGCUUGUAUUCGGAUUACUGAAGCACGUGAAAGAUGUGUUUUAGUGACUGAGAACCUGUUUGUGAGUUUAAACAGCCAAUCCAAACAAUCUUUAGCAGCGGACUUUAUGUAAAUGGUAGCAGUCUUGGGGUCAGUGAUUGGAAAUUAUUCACCCAGACAGUUCAUCUUCUCAUCUAACGUGUGGCCAGAAAGCGAGCGAGUCGCUUUGCAAAACGUCACACUGCAGUGAGGAGUCACUGUGUUGGGCGAGUGGCAGCAGGAGAAACGAACAUUUCAUAUCCGAGCGACAUUUUCUCGUCCAACGUGAUGGCUGCACUUCACAGUAACUGGGAACUGAACUACUUGUGAAAUAUUCUGUGAUGGGUUUUGUUUCUAAAAAGGCUGCACGUUUCUCUCAGCUUUAAUGUGUUUUUUUUGGUGUGUGAACAGGUUGAAAUAAUGUGGGUACAGUACACCUUUGUGCAGGUGAUUUGACUCGCUGGGCACCAGAGUGAGAUUUUAAACAAAACAAACACACAUUCUCAGUUCAGAAGGUCCCACUGCGGUGAGGUGAAAUACUUCAGAGUGAGCGUCUGAACAAAUCAAACGCGUUUAGCCUUUUCGUCCGUCUGAUUUCAGAGCUGUUUGUUGAGGUUUCAUCGUGUGAUCUUGUGAGUCAAGUGCCCGUUUUUAGGGAGUGGGACUGUUGUCACACUUACCAAAAAAAACACUUUGACAUAAGUAGUUUCUUUCUGUUGCAGGCGUUGCCGUGUUUCAGAGGUCUUUUAUAAUAUUUGUCUAUUUUGUCUGUAUUUUAAAAAAUAAAAUAUGUGCCAUCUGCA